AUGUUCAAGCAACUAUCCCAACUUGGGAAGAAUUUGACUGAUGAGCUGGCCAAAGGUUUGACUGAUGACCUAGGGAAUGGAAGCCAGACCGAUUUAACUGCUGUUCCUGAUGACAAUAGUGGUUUGCCGCGCGAAGUACAGUUAAAGCUUCGAAAAUUCGAAAAAUAUGAACAAAAAUAUCCCUUACUUUUACAAGCUUAUAAGACUGAAAAGUCUAAGAGUGAGAAAAUAGAAGCAUUAGAGAAAAUAUUAGCUGAAAAUACACCUGUAGGGAACUUGGAUGAUGCUGUUGAAAGUUUGCCUACAUUCUUUAAGAAUUUGAAUGAUAAGAACAGCAUGCUAAAUGAAGAGAUUAAAAGAUUGACUAUGGAGCAAAAGAAAACGGAUAACGAUGAGCAGAAUGAUGCGAAUGAAGCAAAGAUUAGAGAAUUGGAAGAACAACUUGAAACUCAAAAUAGAAAUUCUAAAGAAAACUCCAAUAAACUUGUUGAAAAAGUAAAGUUAUUGGAAGAGGAAGCCCAGGCAAUGAAACUUGAAAAUGAUAAACUAACAAAAUCAACUGAAACUCAGUUGGCAGACAAGCAGAAGUUAAUUGAUCAACUAAAAGGUCAGAUACAAGAGCUCGAGGAUAAGAGUCGUGAGGCAUUUGAAAAUAGUAACGAUGUCACUGGUGAAACUGAAUCUUUAAAAAGUACAAUCGAUGAGAAGCAGAAAGAGAUUGAUAGUUUAAAAGCUCAGAUUUUAGAGAUUAGUACAAAAUCUCAAAAUACAUCACUAAUUAGCACUACAACAGCGUCUACUGGUAAAGGAAAAAAGAAAAAGAACAAAAAGAGCAAAGGUGGGGUAAAUAAUGCAUCAUUGCCAGCGCCAAUUGAAACUGCUAAUUUAUCUGUUGACAUGGAUGGAUUACAAAAUGAGUUGAAGGAUAUAAAAAUGAAAUGUGAAGAAUGGAAGGCUAGGUAUGAGGAGCUACAAUCCAGUAGCAAGUCUACAGUAGAGAUUGAAACAAAGAACUCGGCAUUAGAAGAAGAAUUGGUAAAAGUAAGAGAUUCACUAAAGCAAAAGAACAUUGAAAUAGAAGAAGUCAGGGAUAUGUUGAGAGAAGUUGGAAAUGAUCUUGUCGAUGCAAGAGAUCAAAUCAAGAAUGCUAAUAGUAAUGCUGGAAAGGAGGUAGAAGAAGUUAAAAAAGAACUAGAUAAUCUAAGAAGUAAGAAUGCUACUAUGAUAGAGACCUAUGAAAAAACACAAUUAGAACUAAAGGCCAAAAUUGCCUCAUUGAAUGGUGAAAUAUCAGAAAUGAAACUAAACCAAACUACAAUAUUGAAAGAGAAAGAAAUAGCAUCGAAGGACGCAAUUGAAAAAUUAAGUGACGAGAAUAAAACUUUGAAGGCCCAGUUAAAAGAUAUAAAUGCAAUUAAACUAACUCUAACUCAAAGAGAAAAAACUAUUGGAUAUUUAGAAGAGCAGGUUAAGCAGUAUAAUGAGAAAAAUGCUGUUGUUCAAGCUACCAUUGAAAAACUUGAAAAGGAGUUAAAGUCCAAAGAAUCUCAGCUUACAACAAUUCAAAAUGAAAAUGAAUCACUGAAAAAGGAAGCCAAAACUAAUGUGGUAUCUUUGGAAAACUACCUCAAAGAGAAUGGUAAAUUAUCCGAAAGACUCUCAAUUCUUCAAGAAAAAUAUGAUACAGCACAGAAUCUGAAAUCAAAUUCAAAUGAACAAGUUGAUUCUAUUAAGAGACAGUGCAAUGAAUUAAAUGUUAAACUAAAAGAAUCAAAUAAGCGUAUUAUGUCACUUGAGGACGAAUUGAAUGAAUAUAUGAAUACUUUACAGGAGAAAUCCCGAGAAUGUGAUACAAUGAGAAGGUUGAUCUCCGAUCAGCAGAAUGAGGAGAGUUCAGGUCGUCAAGAAAUUGAGAACAAGCUUGCCUUGUUAACAGAUGAGAGGAAUAAAAUGGAAUCUGAACUAGCAUUGCAAACCUCAAGAAAGAAUAGGGAAAUUCAAAAUUGGAAGAACAUGAAUGAUGAUUUGAAAUCCCAACUCAAUCAAUUACAAUUUCGCGAGAAGCAAUUGUUGUCUCAAAUUGAAGAUUUGAAUAAUAUAAGUCAAACAUUAAAGAGGUCAACCAACAAUGAUGAAGAUGAAUCUGGAGAGUUGAAAAAAGUUGCUGGGAAUUUAAAGGAGGCAUUACAAAAGGCAGACAAGAGGAUCAGCGAACUUCAAGAAUCCAACGAACAGCUUAUGAAAUUAAAUUCAGAUGCUAACAAAAAGUAUGAAAGACUCUCGAAUAAUUAUAGAACUUUAUCUUCUCAAUUAAGCACAUUACGAGAAAAAAGUAGCAUCGAUCGUUUGUCAAGACCCUCUAAUGAAUCUAUCAGAAGUCGUUCUAAUUCUGAGGUUUCUGUGACAAGUAAUAGCUCAGCAAAAAUAAGUCCAAGAGCUUCUGAGGCACAACCCGAUGUUAAUGAGAAAAUUGCAUACAUAAAGAAUGUUUUGCUGGGUUUCUUAGAGCACAAAGACCAAAGAGCGCAAUUACUUCCAGUUAUUGCUAUGCUGCUUCAACUAGAUAACAACGAUGAAAAGAGAUUAUUGAUGAACAUCAAGUAA